CAGGAUACAGCACAGGUCACUCCCGCUCCUCCAGCAUGUCAGAGUUCAGCCACCGGAGAAACCACUCAGUGGGCAGCGCCUCGACGGGCAUCGGUAGCAUCCCAGAGCCAAGCGAUGACCGAGAGUCCAGACCCUGUCCAGCUCUACCUGAACACCCGGUCCCCCCCGCAACCACUAGCAACCCAGCGGGGACACCUGUACGGAGCGCCUCGUCCUGUGAACGCCUCAACAGACACCCUGUGAAGCAGGACUCCAUGGAGUCUCAGCUGAAGAGAAUGGACGACACGCGGGUCGAUGCUGACGAUGUUGUGGAAAAGAUUCUCCAAAGUCAAGACUUCACACCAAGCCUGCUAGACUCCAGUGCUGAAGAGGAAGGCUUGCGCCUGUUCGUCGGCCCUGGGGGAAGCACGGCGCUGGGAAGCCAUCACCUCCCCACCAGGGUUGGUGCUGGAACGUACGAGCAGGUGGUGAUAAAGCGUUAAGACCUGCAGCCUCAAAGAUGGGGGUUCACACCGAUGACAUCGAGGUGAGCCUGUGUCGAUAUCAAUCUGCAUUCCUACAGCGCGCCUGAUCACUGAACGGUUGACAUGACAACAGCGCCCUCCUGUGUUCAUAUGUCUUUUUCAACACUGUAGCUCCCAGAGAAGGUGAACAUACAGAUAUGAUAUUGAAAAAAUAACAUGUAACGAAAACUGUCCACGUCUCAUUUUCUAGGUGUUUCUAGACUAAUCUUUUGAGGUCACACUUUAUCAGUGAGCAUUCAAACCAAACCCAUUUUAAACAUUUAGGAACUUGAAGAAGACAAGUUAUUGAUGUGCAUCAUGGCACUGAAAUUCACACUGAAGAGGAGUAUGCAAUGCGCUUUCAAUACAUUCCUUUAGUCUCUCAGUGUUUGUUUUAGGCUUCCUUUUCAAGUGUUCUUUUUAAUAUUCACCUAUACGCUGCUUAAACGUUGUAGUUGUUGGCACUCUGAUAACAGUUUUGGAUGUCGAGAAUAUUUUCCUACAAAGAAGAGGCAUCAGCUAUUUGACGAGUGAACGUGGACUGUGUGUGUGUGUGAAUGUGUUUGCUAUGUGGCACAUUUUAUAAUUAGCAGUAACACAAUCUCUUGUAAGAAUUGCUGUAUUGGUACUUUCAAAGAGAAAUUGGGAGAACAUAAGAAUUUGCUGACUUACUAUUUGUUUGCUGAGCACUAUUUUGGUAAAUCCUGCAGAAAUAAUCUGCCCUACAAAGGCAAGCGCAGAAUCAAUACAUUUGUUCAUAACUUGGGUUUUUAGGACAAUAACUGACAUCUAAGUAAUUCAGUUUCUUGAUCUCUCUCUCUCUCAGCAGAUCUUAAUUACCUCCAUCUUUGCCUUUGACUUAUAUUUAGGUGCGUUGGUGUUACUAAGCUACCUUAAAAUCACAUAUAUAAAUGAUUUCACUAUCUGUUUUCAUUUUUGCCCUUUUUUGUAUUAUCUUAAUCCUAUGGCAACUCAUUUUAUUGGUAAUAUAAUCCGCCUUAAUUGUUCAAAUGAAGGUAUUACAACUUUGUUGUCUGUUAAGCAGUUUGCCUUUCUUCUGAAGUGACAGCUGUCUGCCUUUGUAGGGCUGUAAAUAGAGAGCAUAAAAAGGGGCUUUAUGAUAAGAAACGACUAUAAAAAGGGCAUAUAUCUAAUGCCCAGCUUUUCUGCUAUGUGUCUCAUGUAUAACUGCUUAGCGAGGUUAACUACAUCUUUCUGAGCUGGCCUGUUGACCAGGAAGCUACCAUCUGUGAACAAAUGGAAGAUCCUGUGACGUACUAACAAUUCAACCUGUGUAACUGACGCAUAUCGUAAUUUGUAUCACUCAAGGAUUGUACAGAGAAAGAUUGUAAAGUGAAGGACUAGUUCAGUAAUCCACUGCCAUGAAGAAAAUACUCAACUGCACCUGUUUUUAGAUUAAAAAAAUGUGUAUCUUUACCUCAGAACAUCUGAACUGUAAAAUCUAACAGUCUGAUUAACCGACGCAAUCAAUACAUAAACGAUUAGUGCUAAAAUAUCAUCAAACAAUAUAAAUCUACUGAAAAUGUCAUCCAGCCUAAUAGGAGAUUAGGUGCACAAUGUAUUCAGUUCAUAAGCAAAUUAGCCAAAGUACACAACACACUGUUAUUAUCUUGACAGCCCUAUGCAUAAUGAGAAUAUUAGCCGCUUUAUAACUAGUGAUAACAGACCGUACAGUAUCUGUAAUCUUCUGUCUCCCGUCAUAAGCCAUAGUAGAGGUAGGAUACCUCCUCUUCUAGAUAAACUAUACUUGUUAUAUCAAUAUCCGCACAAGCUUCAUCAGUGUAUGGUGUUUUAACUAUACGUCAGUGUUCUGUUUUUACGUUGGUGUGUUCUGCAUGAUUAAGACGUCCUUUUUUUUGGCUUGCAGAACUUGACACAUAUUCAUGUAUGUCCUAAUUUGAUGUCGUGCCAUCUUUUAAUCUGAAUAUUGAACACAUUGAAGGAACCAUUUUGCUUGCCUAUUCAGCAUGUAGGGAAACAUUUUGUCGUCAUGUUAACGGCAGAUAUCUGCACCGUGUAUGAUGUAACUGUAAAUCCAUGUUUUCAUUUUGUGUUUUUCAUUGUUGGUAUGGUGUAAAUGUCCCAUGUUGAAAUCUCAUCUAUAAAAGAAAACUUUUUCUUUUUUUAUCAUAAAUUGCUGAUAUUGUGCCAUAUUUUUGCUAAAUAUUGUAUCGUUUGGAAAAGAAAUAUUCUCACUACACAAGACAGUGUUAAGUUUAUGAAUUAUGGUAACCAAAUAUCAACUAUUGGAAGUUUCUUUUCUUUUUUUAGAUCAAAUAUAUUGAGUUGUACCUGUGAUCAUCAGGUGUGAUUAUCUUGGUACCGAACAUGUUGUUACAGACAUGGUUUCUUCUUCUCUUCUGUGAAGCUGUUGUCUAUAUAAAACUGUUAAGUGUAUUCUCCUGUGAAGUGGUGUUCUGCGCUGUUAUGACACUGUCCAGUGUUUCCUGUUACAGACUUGUGCUUUUGACCAACAUUUGCUUCCUAUACGAGUAUACUGGAUGCUUCAAAUGUGUACAUGGCACUGUUGAAUAAAACUGUUAAAAACCUUGA